GGCAGUCCGCCGACUCACGUGAGGCGGGAAGCACGCUCGUAUGUUCGGAUUUAGAAAAGCGCGCCAGAAUAAAUACCGGCUAACUUUUAUUGUUUGUUUUUAUGAAUUCAAAGAUGUAAGAAAAAAAUAGUUGAAAAUAUAACAUAAUAAAGUAAUUUAGAUAAAAUAUACGUUCGGAUGUAUAAUUUACAUCUAAAUACAAUAUCAAUUACAAUUCUUGCAUUUUCGCGGGUGAUUAAACCGUAGUUCUUUCACAUUUAGAAGAAAGUUCGUGUCUACGCCAAAUAUGUUAUUAAAGCAACCAAGACUGUCGUUAGUGUUCCUGACCCUACUGGCGUCCACGAACGCCGUAGUACCAGGGUCGCCCAGUGCGAACGAGAUCAACCACUUGCAGAAGCCUCGAGCACCGGCCCAGGACGGCUCUUUGUAUCCACAAGCUACGGAGACUAGAGACUUGAGGAAUUUGGAUGGCAUAUGGAACUUUCGGAAGUCGCCUGUAGAUCCAGAGUAUGGAUAUCGGCAUAGGUGGUUCGCACAAGAUCUCGAAAAGACAGGUCCAGUGAUCCACAUGCCAGUGCCGUCUUCAUACAACGACGUAGGCACGGACGCGUCCCUCCGCGACCACGUGGGCCUCGUGUGGUACGACCGGCGGUUCCACGUCCCAGCCGGUUGGGCGCGCGCCGAGCAGCGGGUUUGGCUGCGUUUUAGCAGCGUUCACUAUGCGGCACAAGUUUGGAUAAACGGCAUCUCGGUUGCAUACCACGAGAUCGGGCACUUACCUUUUGAAGUGGAAAUCACGGACUACGUUCGGUACAACGGUAGCAACCUCCUCACCGUGGUGGUGGACAACACGCUGCUGAACGACACCGUCCCGCAGGGCACUAUCACUGAAGUACAGACACAGAUAAAUCAGACGUUCCGGCUCAAGCAGUCAUACACGUUCGACUUCUUCAACUAUGCCGGCAUACACCGCUCCGUGUUCCUGUACAGCACGCCGCAGGCUUAUAUCGAUGACGUCAUCGUUAACACCGACAUACAGGGACUCACUGGUUUCGUGGUGUACAACAUCACGUUCAAAGGCUCCGAUGCAAGUAAUAUUAUAUGUCUCGUCCAACUGUUGGACAAGAACGACACGCAAGUAGUAGCAGCGCAGGACUGCGCCGGGCUCCUGGAGGUCGGCAACGCCAAGUUCUGGUGGCCUUACUUGAUGAAUCCUAAUCCUGGAUACUUGUACACUAUGAAGGCCACAUUGAUAGGGCCUCGAGGCGAAGUAGUGGACACCUACUACCAGAAGAUUGGCAUCAGGACCGUGACGUGGACCAACACCAGUGUUUUCAUCAACGACAAGCCCUUGUAUCUACGAGGCUUCGGAAUGCAUGAGGAUUCUGAUCUUCGAGGGAAAGGCUGGGAUCCAGUACUGUGGGUGAAGAACUUCAACCUCAUCCGAUGGGUCGGCGCCAACGCAUUCCGCACCUCACACUACCCGUAUGCUGAGGAAAUCUACCAGCUCGCCGACGAGCAGGGCAUUAUGAUCAUCGAUGAGUGCCCUAGCGUGGACACCAUUUACUUCACGGACUCGCUGCUCGCCAAGCACAAGCAGUCACUGAAGGAGUUGAUCCACCGUGACAAGAACCACCCCAGCGUGAUCAUGUGGUCCAUCGCCAAUGAGCCGAGAUCGCAGAUGAAGGGCGCCGAUUAUUACUUCGGAGAGGUCGUGAAACACGUGAAGUCCAUGGAUCUUUCGCGGCCAGUCACCAUUGCUAUUGCACAGAGUUACAUAUCCGAUAAAUCUGCGCAAUACCUCGACGUGGUAAGCUUCAAUAAAUACAACGCGUGGUACAGCGACCCGGGCACAUUGCAGAUCAUCACGAACAACGUCAUCGAAGAAGCGACCGCUUGGCACCGCAAGCAUAACAAGCCCGUGCUUAUGUCCGAGUACGGGGCUGACUCCUUCCCUGGAUUACACUUCUUACCGGAAUUCAUCUGGUCAGAAGAGUACCAAGUGGGAGUGAUGUCGGAGCACUUCAAGGCUUUUGACCAGCUGCGUCAAACAGGUUUCUUCGUAGGAGAGUUUAUUUGGAAUUUCGCAGACUUCAAGACGGCACAGACAUAUACCCGCGUCGGCGGCAACUGCAAAGGCAUCUUCACACGUGCCCGGCAACCCAAGAUGGCCGCGCACCAUCUGCGCAGGCGCUACCACGCGCUUGCCGCCGCCGACGACGGAGCGCCGACGCUGCCGCAGCCCUACUACGUCAGCGACCUCACAAGGGCGAGGCAUGACGAGCUCUAGGAGGCGAAACCACUCUUGCACACCUCGCCAUGAGCUAUCACGUGUGUUAUAUUGAGCUCCAGACAAUGUGCGACGUGCAAUGAGGCCUAUUAGACGUAGGCAUUUCGUAGAUUAGAAAACUGGCCACGAUUUUGCCUCUCCGCGUUCAAUUCGCGACCCUGGCAGAGAUGGCCAGAAAACAACUGUUGCGAGAGAAAUAAUGAAUCCAAUUUUUUCAAUGUCGUUCAAUCGAUCAAUCAAUCAAUGCCUUCGCCUGGUUGCCUCGUGUGAUACGCCAUGACAGUCUGCCAGUCUGUCAAUUUUUCCUUUCAAAACUUUUAAAAGUAAACCAAGAUAUUUUUAGACUGUUAUAUACUUGUAGAACGAAAGAAGUCAGAUGGCCAGUUGUGUCAACUCGUUGCAGUAAGUACCUACUGCAAUGGAUAAUCGAGAGAUCAGGUGUAGUUAGGUAGUUACCUAUCUACAUAUGUAACGCCUCAUAUUGUUUUUUGAGAGGUGUGAGUGUGCCCCAUUCCAAGAACCGAGUGGGAGGACCCUCUUAAAAAUAGUAGGAUUUAUAAACUGUUCAUAUUUUAUUAACCUAACUAAUCGGUGCUGCCACCUUAUAUAAUAUUAACAUCCUCUUUAUCCGACUAGAACGACAUUAAAUGUUAGAAAGUAUUUAAAAAAAAAGUAGUUUAGAUUACUUUUCGAAUAAGACUUUUUUAUUAAACCAAAUAAAAAAUGUCUAUAAUUUUUUUAACAGCAGGGGCCUGUAUCACCUUAUUGAAGCACACUCAGCAUUUCUGCCAUUUAAAUCUUACCAAAAUAAUAAUUUUAUUUAAUGCAAUUAUUAGCUUAAGUACUCUAAAUAAAUAGAAAACCUCACAAAUGUUAGAAGGAUAGGCAAGUUUUUUUAAAGUCAUUAUUCAUACAUAUUCUCAUGUGCAUUAUAUGACCGUGUGCCUCUGCCUAUAUCACUUGCAGUAAGUUACCUCACAUAGCGACCCUUUCUCUGGGCAACUACUUAUUGGCUAUUGUGCCAACUGCGUGGUGGAUAAACUAAUUCAAAUCAGAUGCAGGUAGCUAUUAAUACCCUUGAACUAAUUAGGGAGUUAGUUAACUAUAAGCAUUUCCUACCAAUCGUCUCAGCUAAGUUAGAAUAUUUGACAGUCUUUGUCAGAAGUCAAAUAGUAAAGUUUAAAGUUCACAUCACAUCAGAGUCACAUCAUUCGGUAGGUAUUACUUCCUCCACCACGCGCUAAAAAUCGUUGCAAGUUGGCAAUGGCAGUUUUUCUAAGAGUACAUUGUUUUUAUGUGUAUUGUGAGAACUUGAAUGCUUAUUGUGUUACUAUUACUCAUAAAAUAUUGUUGAUAAGUAAAUAAAAACAUUAAUGUGUUCAUUUUAUAUAACCAUUCAACGUUGUAAAUAUACAUAUUAGUCAUAUUACAUGGUUAAAUUGCACAUUCAGAAACAGUAGCCUUACCAAGAGCUUGUCACUGGUAUGCCAGUGCCAGUACGAGCGAGAUGCAUAGAAAGUAAGCUACGCACAGCACACGCUAGCGAAUAUGUCAGUGUCAGGCUAGGAGGAUAUAGCCAAACGUAGUAGCCAUUAACAGGCAUUCCCCUCUGUCGGAAAUAGUCGGCCAACGGUCGUACACAACACAAUGUAUGGACUGACGUUUAUCUGACAUGGCUAUUUUUACGUUACCUAUACAUUUGACGUUCCCUUCCCCCGCAAAAAUCGGCAGACUUUUUUGUACAGAAAAUUACAGACGUGGCGACUCCGUUUGGUUAUAUCUUCCUAGGUGUCAGGUCAGUGACAAUGACAAGCUCGUGGUAGCCAUAAUUAAGAGUCCACUUCAAUUAAAGAUAGGUAUUUUCUGUAUUUUAUUGAGUGCCACGGAUUUGAUAUUUUCCUGAAUUGUUAUUUAAAGUAAUUUCGAAUAAGAGUUAAUAUGUGCAAGACUUACUUUAUAAAUUAAUUACUAAUUAAGUUAAAAAUACUAAUUACAAGGUAUAAUUAAAUUGAAAGGUUUGAAAUACUUUAUACCUUUAAGUUAGUAUUUUCAAGUUAGUUUACCAAUAAUGUUAUUGCCACAC